AUGGUACCCGAGUAUUACAAGGCUGAAGUCAUGUACGUGUUAGACGCCUCCUCUUUUGUUGGGCCCGAAAAUUACCAACUAGAAAAAGACUUCACCAAGGCCUUAGCCCUAGCAUUGAACCACAGCCCCACUCGCACAAAGUCGGCAGUCAUAAUAUUUGAUUCUUUCUUCGAAAAAGCAAUCUCAAUGGAAGCCUUUAGGGAUAUGGAUCGUUUUUCAGAAGCCGUCGAAAAUCUUCGAUACCGUGGUGGAGGCAGCCAACUGGUUUUUGCACUGCCGUCUGCAGCGAAUGGUUUUUCAUCCGAUGACCUACCUAAAGUGAUUAUAGUGAUUACCAACAAGGAUUUGCCGCGAAGUGAUUCAGCCGAGGCAUUAGGAAGAAUGCUUCGUCAGGAGGGAAAGGUAUUUAUUGAUCUAUCUGUAUAAAUAUUCAUUUAUUAGUAAAUUGAUUGAUUGGUAAAUCGAAUGAUUGGUUGAUUGAUUAAGUGAUUGAUUGAUUUAUUGGUCGAUCGAUGGUUGAUUAAUUGAUUGAUUGGUUGAUCGAUUAAUUGAUUGAUUGCCGGAAUGAUUGAUUGAUUUCUAUAACUUAAAGGGCUUAUGGUCAGUUGCAAGUAUUCCCAUAUUCUUUUUUAUCCUGGCGUGCACGGCGUAUCAGCCGAACUACAGUAGGCCUCCGUCGGUAGGACUGACCAUGGGUUACCUAUCCUAGCUUCACUAGCUGUUUGCUCAGCGAAUGCAUCGUCUUUUGUAAAUGCGGAAGUGACAGUCUUUGUCGCAAGGGUUAGGUCCAAAAUGUGUGAAGCUCAGCUCCUUUGAAUUCAUUACUGUCCUUUCUACCUGUCUGCCGCUACGUCCAUCAUCACUGCUGUUGAGUUGUUGAUUCGUCGUAUUAUUACACUUCGUGCUGCCAGCAGCCAUUUUCUCCCAGGAGCGAGAUGUACAUGACAAUUACUUCUUAAAACUGAAUUUUAGGUUGUUAACAUCGUGGGCGUCGGAAAUGGAACUGAUUUCCCAAACCUUCGCCGAAUGGCUACUGAACCGGAAAAUGUGUUUACUGCUACGUCAUUUGAUGAACUGAUGUGCUAUGUCCCCAGAGUUGCUUCAACGGUCUUAUCACGUAAGUUCCAUUAAUCUGUUUCAUUUUUUGUUGUUGUUGUUGUUGUUGUUUUUCUUUCUUGUUGUUGUUUCUUUGUUUGUUUGUUUUUUCUUUUCUUUUCAUCGAGUUUCAUUGAUGCCCUUCUGGCGGAACUUGGAUACAUUUAAUAGUAUAGUGUUAUAUCUUCAUUCCACUGCAAAAAAAAUUGAAACAAUUCUACUACGUUAUGAAUAAGUGCGCUUUUUUACUAUUAUUUACAGAAACACUUGGUCUCGCCGCCACACGGCCAACGAAGACAAUUCCUACGCCUUCAUCAACAACUACAUCUGAGGUUUGGUUGAUGCCGUUGUUGUUGUUGUAGUUAGAACAGUUUAUGGUACAGUUUCGUUAUUUAAGACUAUUUAGACAGUGAAACUUUUCAUGAAGUCUGUUGCUACAGAUGGCAAGGGUGGAAAUGGAUUGAAAUUUGAAAGCGUUGGGUCAACAAUUUGUCCAGUUUUUAUGCUUUGCCUGAAAAUAUAACCAGAAACAUUAUUAUGGUUACCGCACUCUGGUUUGUUUGAUAUCUUCCUCAUAACUCUUCAGCAGCAUUUUCCGUAUGGUAAAGACACUAAGUAAUGACUUUUCUACAGAAUGGCCUAAGUCAGCAAUAUCCUCGUGACUCCCCUUUAAGUCCGUACUAUAAGCAUGGUGCUUGCUUUCCUUUUUCAUUGUCCUAUUUACAGAAAUAAGAGAAUAUCAAACCGUUAACUCUGGUUCUUUUCAGUUAUGAUUAAAACGGUCGAAGCCUCCUUGGCAAAGGUAGAAGUGGAUUGAAAUUUGAAAACGUUGGGUCAACUUUUUGUCCAGUUUUAAUGCUAUGCCUGAACCGGAAACAUUAUUAUGAUUAGUGCUCUCUGAUUUGUUCGAUAUCUUCCUCAUAACUCUUCAGCAGCAUUUUCCGUAUGGUAAAGGCACUAAGUAAUGACUUUCCUACAGAAUGGCCUAAGUCAGUAAUAUCCUCGUGACUCCCCUUUAAGUCCGUACUAUAAGCAUGGUCCUUGCUUUCCUUUUCCAUUGUCCUAUUUACAGAAAUAAGAGAAUAUCAAACCGUCAACUCUGGUUCUCUUUAGUUAUGAUUAAAACGGUUAAAGCCUCCUUGGCAAUUUGUAAAUUAUUAUCUUCUAACAAAUAGGAAUUUACAUCUACUACGGAGGAUGUGAGUACUCCACAGGCCGCGCCAGUAUCAACACAAAGGACAACAACGAAAGAAAGUACACCCUCAACGGCAUCGACCACACCGUCCACACCCUCCACCGUUUUAACAAGCACAACUCCUUCAACAAGUUAGUACAGCAGUUACCAACUUCUAUGUUUCCUAAAGAGUUUAGUCUUGUGUAUAUUCUUUCAAUGGAUUCUCGAUUUUUAUCACAAAGUUUCAUCAUUUCCUCCCUAAAACUGCGACUUAUGUUCCACAACAGAGAUAAUCAAGCUGCCAUGCAAGCGACAACCAGAGAUACCUUAAUUUAUUCGACUUUCUGUGGGUGUAGGUUCACAGUAUUUCAUCGAUUAAUAGCCGGGGGCAAUCAUUUCUUUCAUAGAAUAUUCGAGGGAAGGCGAUUAUUCGAGGGAGGCGAUUAUUUCAAAUAUUGCUCAUUGGAAGUCGUGCCCUAAAUACUUUGUUUUAUCAUCCCAAUAAAUCAAAAAAUCAUCAAAUCAAAUAAACUGAACAUAGUGUUCCAAAUUUCAAAUUUGGUUCAGAGCUUGAAUUGUCAUGGAUCAGACUCCAUUCAAACUUGACCGGGGGGAUAAAAGAAAGAGAAGAUGGUGAGAGGGGUUGUGGGGUGAUUAUUCGAGACAGGCGAUUGAUGGAGGGACGGCUAUUAUUCGAGGAAAUACGGUAAUUCCAUUUUAUUUAUUGAUUUAUUCAUUUGUUUACCACUACUAGUUUGUUUUAUUUUAUUUUGUACGCAUCGUCUAGUUUGUAUUAAAACCAGGCAUCAAAUACACCACCUCAAACUAACCGUUAUAAGAAAUGACACUCUCCAUAAAAAGGGAACCCUAUUGGACGUUUCUUGUGUGAUAUUCUCGCAUUAACAUUCCUUAUGUCGCAGCCUAUUCUCCAACACCGUCGACGAAAACGGACUUUUGCCCGGUUAUUUUCACCGUACCAUGUCCUGGGUCCCACAGAUGUGAACACGAUCGUCAGUGUCCUGGAAGCCAAAGAUGUUGCAAGCAUUCGUGCGGGUUUUUGUUUUGCUCAGCAAGUAAGUCGAAAUGUAUGCGUCCUUGCUAUAUCUACAUUUAGUUUCAUUAGCGGGGGGGGGAGUGGGGGUAAAAGGUGGCCUCUUAAAAUCCCUUGUUACAGUUACCUUUCUCCACCUGUCUCAUAAAUUACAUACACAAAGGUAAAAAACCCUAUCGACUGCGUAGCUUAGGGAGGAAACGCAGAAGUACUUUAGUCACAAGUGCAACUGCAGCGAGAUUAUCAGUCGUGCCCCAGUUGAUUGCAGCUUGUUACGCUAAGCCUGUUAGGCCUUAGCGAAUAGAUAGUACGGGCCCUGAUGAUCACCUGAUAAGAUGCCGGCAGCCUACCUCAUUAAUAACCAACCGCUGGGGUCAAAAGCAUCCUCAGGGACCCAGGGGCAGCUAGUCGGGACGAUACAACGGUUCGUGGUGAAAGUUCGAUCUUACAUUAAACUUCAUCACUAACAUUAUAUCGUCCCGACUAGCUGCCCCUCGGUCCACAAGGAUGGGUGAAAAGGUGAUCGCUUACAAAGGCAAAAUACUGUAUGUACUCGAAUAAGCACCGCAUAUUCGGAGCAAAAACGUUACUAAGCGCCGCGCGGCCCCGAGAUAAUAGUGAAUUUACGCAUCUGGACGGGAGAGGAUAGUAGACAGCAAACCUUGUGCGACAAGCGUGACAAUAAUUUUGACUAAUAACGUUUUCCGCCAAACUUCACGUUCCUUAAACAGUUCUUUUUGUAAAAGACCUGAAAGCAUUAAUGUUAGUGAAAAUCACGACAAAACACGCAAUUAAUAGCCCUGUCAUGUUAGUCACACACAAGCCUUGUUUUUUCUGCCGUCAUGUUGAGUAAACUUUAAAGGAAAGGGAAGUAGACAAGCAAACCUUGUGUGACAAGCGUGACAAUAAUUUUGACUAAUAACGUUUUCCGCCAAACUUCACGUUCCUUAAACAGUUCUUUUUGUAAAAGACCUGAAAGCAUUAAUGUUAGUGAAAAUCACGACAAAACACGCAAUUAAUAGCCCUGUCAUGUUAGUCACACACAAGCCUUUUUUUUUCUGCCGUCAUGUUGAGUAAACUCAGGGAGAGGAAAGUAGACAAGCAAACCUUGUGUGACAGGCGUGACAAUAAAUUUGUCUAAAAACAUUUUCCGCCAAAACUUCACGUUCCUUAAACAAAUCUUUUUGUAGAAGACCUAGAAAACAUAAAUGUUAGUGAAAAUCACGACAAAACACGCAAUUGAUAGCCCUGUCAUGUUAGUCACACACAAGCAUUUUUUUUUUUUUUUUUUUUUGUUUUUUUUUGCCGUCAUGUUGAGUAAACUCCCUAAUCAAAAUCAAAAGACGGUAAUUCUGUUAGUUAAAUCUGGUUAAAUCCGGAAAAUGACAAUAAUACUGUACUAGGUAAAAAAUUUUUUUUCGCCUCCAACGUUCAAAAGGAUGACUUAGUAAGAGGGUGAAAGCCUCUCUCUCUCUAUAACCUCCUCUUAACUAUAUAUACGUCCCACAGGAAUUCACGUUUGUCGAUAUCAUCGACUCAAGCGACAAUUCAGUAUAUAUUUAUACUCACAGCUUGUAAAAAUAAUAAUUACAGGUUUGAAACCACUGUUAACUGUUAACUACCGUAUUUAUUCGAAUAAGCGCCCAACCUCGAAUUAGCGCCCACCUCGAAUAAACGCCCAUCCUAAAGGCAGAAAAAGGUAAUAAGCGCCCAGCCUCGAAUAAGCGCCCACCCCACCACACCUUCCUCCCACUCCCACUCAAACUCAAAUUAGCGACCACCCCUAAAAUUGAAUAAAUACUAAUAAGAGACUUCCUCGAAGACGGAGUUUUCUUCUAUUUUACAGGAACCUUGCUUUGUUACAUCUUCGCGUUCUGUUAUUACCAUUUAUUGUUUUGUUGAAAAUUUAAUAAGCGCCCAGCCUCGAAUAAGCGCCCACUCUCAAGGUCCAAAAAUUUAAUAAGCGCCCAGGGCGGUUAAUCGAAUAAAUACGGUAUGUACGAUCUUACUUGCACGCUGUUGUGGUUUGAAAUUUGAGAUGUUCCUAAACUGCGAAUCGCACCAGGUAUUCCAUUCUCUAUACCGUCGGCCAUUUUCUUGUUAUUGCUGAGGAUUAACAAUGUUUAUGAUUAUUUGCCCUUGCUAUCAUUCUCCUGGCAUUUUUCUAAUCAUGAUGCUCACGGCCCGUAAGUGUUUUAUUUGCUUAUACAAUAGUGCUGUAUUUAGCCAUAUUUUUCAGAUGUUUAUCAGUCUCGGUUGCAUGGCAAGCCUGGACCGUAUGAUUCGUAAUUAAUCAUGAGCAUUCUCCUUUACGUUUUACCAUACCAUCUGAGAAGCCGUCGGAGAUGUAACUUGUCGUCAGAAUAAGUGUGAUUUUGUAUAUCCAUAUCCAUGACUACACGCAUGCAAAGGGAAAUGAAUGGAAAUUGAGCAUCUUCAGUGUCUCACUCUCAGCGGCGUUUGCCGACAUGGUUUAGACAUUUGCAAUUUUACAAGAUUUUGAGGGUUAACCCUCCUUUCGACAUUAGACGGGCAUGAAUUGGCUCGUGUUUAGUUUCUUGAGUUCUUUUGCUAUCAGAUUCACUUGCCUGUUUUCCUUGUACGUAAGAUCUCUUUGAUAUUUCAGUCACACAGUCACGCAAUGAUUAUGGAGCCUGACACGCAGACUACAUUAAACCGGUUUUGUGUUAAAAAAGAAGAAAACCGUGGAAUUAAUUGGACUUUUUUUGUGUUCGGAAAUGACUUUGGACCGGCUAGUAUAUAGAUACAUUAAUGACUCGAAAGGACAAAAAAUCAUUGGUGCGUGUCCGUGUAUUAUGGGAUAAACAACACGAGAAGCACAUAUCAGAAAGAGCACAUUGCAAGAAGCUUGGAAGAUUUUCAAGUUUGGUGUUAUUGUACUAGAUCUACCUAUUACAAAACUGAGCAUCUGCUCAAAAAUCUGCAUUGAAAAAACGUUCAGAUAAUUAAAUGAAAAACACAUGUUAGCCAACCUGUUACCAACUUGGAGGUCAAGCAAUAUUGUGACAGUAAAAGCCCCCUAAAGUAUUUCAUUCCAUAGUGUUAUUUAAAAGAAAACACGUUGUUUUGCGAAACCAAAUUCAAUUACAGAGGUCCUGGCAAAUAAAUGUCCGCCGUACUCUACAAGCGUGCAGUGCCCCAGUUCCGUUCAAGACGAAUGUACUUGUGAUUCUGACUGCGAUCAAGCGAGUCACUAUAAAUGCUGCUUCGAUGGCUGUCAACGACUCUGCCAAAAAGAAGUUGGUAUGUAGAGAAAGUCGAUGUUAAUUUUGAUGCAUAAAGGUAAGGGCGCUGUGCCUUCUGAAAAGGUAGUAGGUGCAGUUGUUGGGCAGGGAGAUUAGGAUAGCAGCAAACGGGUCUAGGAACUAUGAAGAUCAAUUUAACGAUUAUUCCAAGAGGGUGCGUAUGAGAUGGUAAUAGCCAACAAGACGCGUAGCGCCGAGUUGGCUAUAAUCAUCUCACAUCUAACCAGCGCGACUGAAAUAAUUGUUUUAUCAAAAACACCCACAAAACGUCGAGAAUUCUUCCCGACUUUAUCUGUAAAAACAACCCAUUUUCAGCUUGUUUUUGAUUUUGAGCAUCAUCAUUAGUCAAAAUGGACAAAUUGUGGAAUUACCAAACUAUUAGCUUCGGAGAGAAAUUGAGAUUAUUACGAUCGAUUGUCAUUUCUGUCUUACAUUACGGAUGUGAAUCCUGGACAUACAAAGAAGAGCUUGUAAAGAAGAUCAAUGCGUUUCAAUUUAAGUGUUACAGAAGAUUACUGGGCAUCUCUUGGAGGUACAGACGCACAAACGAGUCAGUGAAUCAGUGAAAGAACAGGUGGGAGACUUUGCCGGAGUUCAGAAACCCCACACUCAAAUUGCGCAAGAACGGAAAAUGAAAUUAUUCGGCCAUGUCACAGUUUAGACUAGUUAACACCAUCAUGCAUGGAUGGUUUCCUGGAAACAGAGGGCGGGGUAGACCACGGAGAUGUUGGAUAACAGACAUUCGUGAAUAGACACGGAGUACACCGUACCAUUGCAGGCUAUCAGGCUUGCUGAGAAGAGAGACUAUGAUCCAGCAUCAGAGUGCGUCUACGGAUCCUGAGAGAUCUAUGGUUUAAGAGAAAAAAAAGGUUUUGAACAGCCCCAGCCUCAAGUCAAGGCUAAUUUGCGCCAUGCGAGUUAGCGGAAGAGGCUAAAACCUGAGCGCGACGGCACUCUAGGUGAAUUCUCAGGAAACGACGAGUGCCUUCAAAAUCGGUCAAUUAAUAGAGGGAGAAAGAGAGUUUUUUUAAAACAAAUAUACUUUUUUUGUUGUUGUUUUGUUUUGUUCUGUUUUUUGUUCUUUGAGGAAUUCGGGCUUUUGGACCGAGCGACCCUUGUUUUUUAGCCGUCUUUAUGAGAUGCUAUUAGAUUUAGCAGGCAUUUAGACGCAGCAUUUAUGCUAAUUUGUGAGCGACCGUCUAUGUAAGCGAUCACCUUUAAUUUCACAGCCGUUGAAAAAAACUUGGCCUUUUUUUGUCACCAUCCCGUGAAAUAGUUGUUGUUGUCGUUGUUAUAAAUAAUUUUUGUUGAUCAAUUUUUGUUGAUGUUGUUUUAUAUGUAAACAAAAUACUGAUGUUUUUUUUAUUGGUACAGCAGCGAAGCGCGAAAAGCCAGGUACGUGUCCGUACAUUCCGCCGCCGCCUUCGUGUUCCUCUCGACCAAAGGAGUGCAGCCACGACAUGGAAUGCAGUGGAAAACUCAAGUGCUGCUCUGACGGCUGUGGGAAUAAGAAGUGUGUGCCUACUGAUUACAAACCACAAAUUGGUAAGAAUUCCUUUAAUGCAGCUGCUUUUGGCUUGCCCUAAGACCCUCCGAGGGCUAAUGGUGUGAGACCCUUUUAUAAUAAAGGAUAACAUAACUACUUUUCAAACAAUUUCAAAAUUGUUUGUUUGCCGUUUAACGCUGUCUCUUAUUUGGAUAUGUAAAUUUUCAAGAAUUUUGCCUAAUGUUGGAGCCGUCAUCACAAAUUGAAGUGAUAGAAAUGUUGCAAAGGCAGCACGGGGCAAAAAUAGUGCCAAACCAUGCACUUUUGAUUUUGCUUACACUAUUUUGAACAAAAGCAUUAAUAAAGGUUCACAAAAGACACCAGUAAACCAGUGAGGCUAACAAAACUCAAAACCCGACAUCUGCGACAAAAUAACCGAUACACAUAGGGCAGGUGAAAGGUAUCGCUCAGUUGUUUGAUCCAUGCAUGGAAUAGAGUCCAAAGCCAAUCCAAUGUAUUCCGAACGGUUACGCGUAGGCCAAGUAUAAGCCAAGUCGAUACUUGAGGAAAAUGUCAAUAAAGGGGUUCUCACUCUUCUCCCCCCCCCCACCAUUUUUGGUUUGGUCGGCAAAACCUUUCCGUGUAAUUAAGCCAUUUACAUGUGGACCCCUAUUCUAACUAAAUAUCAGGUCUGCUAAAAAGUAAGGUCAAUUAAUAUAAUUGUAAAUGCUAAUCGUGUAUUGUUUGUGUUUCUGCAGGUGUGCUCACAAACCGGUGUCCUCCGUACUCUCCAUACAGAAAAUGUCCUAGUUCAGUACAAGACGAAUGCACUUGUGAUUCUGACUGCGACCAAGAUAGUGAUUAUAAAUGUUGCUUUGAUGGCUGCCGGCGACUUUGCAGAAAGAAAGCUGGUAUGUAGAGGAGGUCGGGAAGGGAACACGGACUGAGGUAGUCUUAGAAAAGCGUUAAACAACUGGUUAUUUCAAUUAUUUGGCCACCAUAUUUCGGAUUGGUAAGGCUUGGUUUGAUUCCCGCCCGAAAAAACACCCUUUGUUUCACACUGCUGAAAAUGGACCCUGUCUUACAUUCAUCUGGUGUAUUCGAACAUCUCAGACCUUUCUUAUUUUUUAUUUAUUUUUUUAUUUAUUUGUUGUUUUUUUUCUAUUUACCAUUAAGUGGAAACGCACAGAAAAAGGAUGUGUAAAAAAAAAAAUAACUAGUCACUCUUUCCGUCUGUUUCGUCUGUUUUGCGUGUUGAGCACCGAUUAGUUGCAAAUGCUUCGCCUAUCUCUUAUUGUUUCAUAACAGUGGGCUAUCGUUAGGAAAACCUAAAAAUUGUUGGGACAGGGUUUUUGUUUGUUUCUUUGUUUUUUUAAGAUUAUAUAGUUUCAAACGAGUCUCGUAGAUACUAUCAAGAACCAACUUCGUAACCACCAAAACAUUAUAACUGAUGUGUUUAUUAAGUUCUAGCAGAAACUGAUAAGGGGUUGAAACGUGUAACUCUCAUAUGUUUGCUUUGUCCGAUGCUCGUGAUUAUUCAUUUCCGAAAGCACCAUAUUUGGAACGAGAAGAAGAGAUAACUGACCAAUCAAACUUCGUAAACAACGUGACGUAAAUUUUACUUCACGGUUUCCCGCACUCGUUUGAAAAAAGUGGCCGACAAACGGGGGAAAAACUCGCGAAAGCCGAGAAAGCUUUCAAAGAUUGGACCCAUGAGUCUUACCGAAACACUGAGCAGGAUAUUAUUGCCUCACCACCCGGGCCAAACAUAACAUCAUGAAACCCAUUGACGUCCUCGCAACUUCUUGAAGUUGUCACUUCAAACAACGAUGCCUCGUUGACCCUCUGCACAGUAAACUUAUACUGCAAAUAGGCUUCUAAAAUUCUUAUACUAAAAGUCUAGAAUAAACAGUAAAAAGUAUUUUCGAAUAAAAUUCAUUAGCUGCGUAUUGAAAAGUGUCCAAAACCUGAACCUGACAUGUUCGCAAAAAGCGAUGCAUGUAAUGAAUGUGAGAAGCAUUAUUUUAAGCUUAAAUUCAGCGUGGAUGUUGUAGUCACGAUCGUGUUUUGAGCUAAUUUUAUGAAUGAACAAACUCAAAACAAUAGAUAGAGAAGACGUUUCUUGAAAAUUUUUCUUCAAAAUGAAAUCCAAAAAGUUAAUCCUUUAAAGCAAUUCGGAAAACACUAUCUGGAUCGUAGAUCCGUUCACGCAGGUGAAAUUGGCUGAGCACAUGGCAAAAUUCAACGCAAAAUCCAUCUCAAAUCGGGGCACAUUUUGAAACUUUUCUUUAGCGCCCAAGAGAAAAAUUUAUAAAACGUCUAUGAAACAUUUAAAAAUGCAUAAAUUCCCUUUCAAAAACGUAAUUGUCUUGGCCAUAGAUUGCAAAAUGUACCUGAAAAUUCAGCAAAAACUUCACUGCCUUGGUUGCAUUUCAAAACAGACCAUGCGCUCUGUCGUGAAGAAAACAAGGUUGAAUUCGUCGAAGGACGAUAUUCUUGAUGAAAAGCUUCCCUUCCUCCACAAAAAGAAAGCUGAGCAUUCUUUUGAACUUUCUCUUUCUAUUUUUUGUCUUUUAGCGGUGUAUUUUUAACCUUGAAAUGCAGAACUCUUGUCUUAAAACAUCUGCAUGGUGAUCGCGCUGCAGCCAUUUGUUUAAAAUGGAUGUCUGUCACUAAGGUUUCCAAAUAUGGUAAAAGUGAAUAUUCACGAACAUUGAACGCGAGUUACACGUUUCAACCCCUUAUGAGUUUCUGGUUCUAGUCUAGCCUCAGCUUAAGUGAGCAGUUCAUUCGGGAAACAGAACUAAAUGGGAAGUCUAUCGCACGGCGUACACGUAACUUUUACAUCGAUUUCUUUAUUUUUAUCUUUUAGGUCAAAUAUGCACUGCGAAGGUGGACAUUAUUUAUCUUAUGGAUUCGUCAGGAAGUAUAGGCUUUGAUGACUUCGAGAGACAGAAGGAUUUUGUUAUAGAUUUGGCGCGAAUCUUCCAAAACGGUCCCGGCGCCAGUCGAGCUGCAGUGGUAACAUAUCACGACUGGCCCACUGUUCGCGCCAAUUUUGACGACUACGACACAACUGAUUCAUUUGUUAAAGCUGUGAAUUCCAUCAACCAGACACGAGGUCGAACACGUAUUGAUCGUGCCCUGAAACAGACAUCGGAGAUGUUUAAAUCAGCAAGAAAGAACGUGGUCAAGGUUUUAAUCGCUCUGACGGACGGUGUCCAGACCCCUGAUCCCGAUGCUAUGCCUCUUGACGCGGCGAGUCAGCUGCUUCGUGAUCAGGGCGUGAAAGUUUAUUCCUUGGGUGUUGGACACGCAAUCAACAAAACUCAGUUAAGGUCUAUGGUGGAAAGGGAUUCUGAUGUUUUUCUGGCUGAUUCGUUUACUGAUCUUCUUCGAAAAUCACAGGAAGUUGCUGAAAAAGCUUGCAGUGAGAUUAGAAACAGUAAGUUAUCAGCUUAAUCUCUGCUUUUUAUACAGGAUCCGUCUUUUAAUUAAAUAAAUAAUAGUCAACGUUUACUUAGCUAUCCCUUGUUUUUAAAUUCAACUGGGAAGAAUAUGAACCUUUUUUAGCUUAAUUUCUGGCAGUGCAGUUCCUCAAAAGCAUUUUUUUGUCUUUGACUGUUAAGAUAUCUAUCUCGCACGUUGCCGAAACCAGUCACUGUCAGCAACACUCCUACUUUUGAGAAUUACACUCACCACGAUGACUAUAUUCUACUUCCUUUUUCCAGUUUGUCGAUUGUGAGUUUGAAGUUAGAUUUGCCUUCAACUGAAGAGGUUUUAUAUAGAUAACACACUAAAAACGAAACAACAGUGUCCCUUUUCUUGUAUUUAUGGCGUUAUCCAGAAAUGUCUGGGUUUUCUUUAUUUAUUUAUUUCUUUGUUGUUAAUUUCUUAAGGAGCAAGAUCGUGGAUUAUAGAACUAAAGUGUACUGUAUUUUAUCUUUUUAGAGACUUCAUGCAUCAAUGGAGUGGACAUCGCCUUUUUGAUGGACUCCUCGGAAAGCAUCACCGACCAAGACUUUGAACGUGAAAAGACUGCUGUAAAAGCAAUCGCGCAGAGUUUCCUAUCAGCCUCGCGCGAGAGCCGAGCUGGAGUAAUUAUGUACAGCGGUCAACCAGAGCUGAGUGUCGAUUUUACAAGUCAAGAACACUCUGGAAAGUUUAAUUCUUCCGUGGACUCCUUAUCUCACAGGCGCAGUCAAACAAGAAUCGACCGUGCCCUUAUCUAUGCUUCAAAAUCACUGUUUCUAAAUCCACGUCGUUCAGUGAUGUCGAUUGCCGUUGUUAUGACGGAUGGCAUUCAAACACCUGGACCUGGUGUCGAGCCUCUUGGUCAAGCUGUGUUACCUCUCCGUAAUAAGGGCGUGCGUGUGUUGGCAGUUGGCGUUGGACCGAGGGUGAACCGAAGUGAAUUAAAAGAGAUGGUAACAAGCGAAGAGGACGUGUUCCUUAUGAGCUCCUUCCAAGAGCUGUUAGACAAGUCUGCGAAGUUGCUUGAAACAGUGUGUCCUCGUGAGUUUAAAUAAUAAUUUAUGUAGCCACAUAAUUUUUGCCGAGCUUUUGAUUGGUUUAGACGUCAUUACGUUACCUGUAGAUAUUCGCCUUAGGACUAAGCCAGAGUAAAAUGUUUCACUGCAGAUAAUGUGUUGCUCGUGAGCAUUAACUGUACUUUUAAAUUCGCUUGAGUCUUGAAAAGAUGCGAUUUUCUUGUGAUGACCCCAUAGUCUCCUUUUGAUAAAUAUCGAAAUAUCGUUAUCUGAUACAGUAGACAUAUUUAUCGGUUAAGCAUUAGCAGUUCUCAUUACAUCUGGCUCCGUCUUUUAACCCUCGGAAGUACAAGGGGGGUGGCUUCCAUCCCCCACCCCCCCUACUUUUUAACCCUCGGAAGUACAAGGGGGGUGGCUUCCAUCCCCACCCCACCCCCCCUACUGAGGUUUUUCAGAGUUUUGUCUUAGGCAAACAUCAGCACUUGGCGUUUUCAGUAGCUGUCCGUUUAUCCCUCGCGUGCAUUUUGAGACAAGUUUAGUGAUCGUCAGUCACUAUGGUUACGAGAUGAAACGUCAAAAGGAGCAGGUGGUCAAGCCUCUUUUGAGUGUUUCUUUUUUCAACCUCUUUCAACAAUGAAAGUAAAGCUUGUAGAUAAAAUGAUGCAAAGUGCUUAUUUAUAUGUUGUUUUACAUGUCAAGCACAAAAGUUUCCAUUUCUUGAGGUUUUAACUUAAUUUCUAACUCGUGGUAAAAUCCAAGAUAACGGCCAAGAUGGUGAGCAUUGUUGGUGUCGUCACAGGCCUCCAGUAGCGCCACCACCCAUAAAGUAUAUCCCAUCUUGUUAAGAAGAUCAAAGGCAUUCCACUGAAGGCAAAAUCGUUUCAAAGUACUGUAACAUAUCAAAAACUCUAGGGUUCCAUGAACUACCCCCCUCCCCACCCCCUUGUACCACGAAGGAGGUAUGAAUUUAAUCUUUAGAAACAUUUCUGACAUUUGUAAAAAUUUCGACAAAGCGUGUAUAGUUUUGCUCAAAUCUACGAUUUCAACUUUAAACUAAAUCCGUAUGAAUAGUUCUUAGCUUCGCCGAGACUAUCGUUAGGUAGAUCUGCCGUUGUGCUUAAAGAAAAUGCCCCAAUAUUAGCGAAUAGCACAUUGAAAAAUUCCUAAUACAGGUUUUCCUCUGUUAAAGCCCAGUCGAUUGGUUCAGUUUUCUUCCAAUAAUAAGCCCCUUUAAUCAUAAAUUCUUUAAGGAAGGUCUUUAAAAAUAUUAGCCCUGGGGAAACACUCACGUUGAUGAUCGUUCAACUUUUGUUUUCGUUAUUAAAGAGCCGACCCCUGAGGACAUCACAUCAACGACACCAGGAAACAUUGCUCAAUCAACUACUGCUCAGCCACCAUCCACCACUCCAAAACUUUCUACAACGACACCCACAGCGAUAGACGUACAAACGUGCGAUACACUGUUCGACGUAUUGUUCGUCUUAGAUUCUUCCCAGAGUAUCGAUUUGUCACAGUACAAUAGGGAAAAAGAUUUCGUGAAAAAACUCGCGACAAUUUUCAACGUUGGAAGGGGCAGUCGGGCAUCCGUUAUCAUUUACAGUGAGGAUCCGCAUCUAGAGAUUCAGUUUGGGCAGUAUAACAACUUGCAAAGUUUCUUGUUGGCCGUAGACGCAUUGCCGCACUUGCAGCAGAGGACAAGGAUUGACAAGGCCCUUGCUUUAGCAAACCAAACACUGCAGCAAGUGAGGUAAAGAAAUUAGUCUUCCUGACCCGUGAGCUCACGAUUUAAACUCAUAACUCUCGAGGCCAAUGUAACUAACUGAUAUGUAUGUAAGUAACUGAUAUAAAUCUCUCUGUGGCUAAAAUUGUCAGAUCAAAGAGUGCGAUACAUGUAGUAUUUUAAUUCCAAUAUUGCAAUCCAGAUUGGAUGACCAUUGAGUGCUUAUUUGCAGACCUGGCUUUCCAAAAGUAGUGAUCGUUUUGACAGACGGCGUACAAACGCAAGAGCCAGGUGCAGUACGUCUUGAUGAAGCCGCUGCCCCUAUACAUGAACAAGGAGCACGUGUGUUUGUGGUUGGCACUGGAUCUAAGAUUUCCAUGAACAAACUUCAAAUGAUUGCCAAGGACCCUGCCAAUAUUUUCACUGUCAUGUCAUUCGAGAACCUUGAAACCGUCACCAGAGAUUUAGCUGCAUCUGCCUGUUUACCAGGUAAAACUACAUUCAAUCAUUCAUUCAUUUAUCUUUGUUGCAGUUGUCUAUGUUAUUGGUUAUUUUUGUUAUUGCAAAGUUAGAUAUUGUAUUUGUUUGUUUUUUAGUUAGUGAUUAUGAGUUCUUAGAUAUUGCCAAAUUUUACGAAGUACGAUGAGGACAAAUCAAAGUUUAGUUACCAUGACAACUCGCAUGUACCGUUACAUUAACUGCUGGAUAAGCCCUUUACAGCUCGCACUACUUGACCUGUUUAAUGGGAAAAAUUGUAUCAUACAUUAAAAGCAAGUGCAUCAGAAAAUUAGCAAGAAGACCAAUUUUGAUGAGUUUGACGCAUAAGACUAAGGUUCCAUUGGCGUUGAAAUACCAGCAAAAUAAUAGGGCUUCGUAUGGAGAUACUGGUUACAUAAUGGUAAUAUUUUCGCUGUUACGAGUUGAAGACCUAAAAAUUGUCAAACGCACUGAACAUUACAAUGCCUAGUUUUCUUAGGGUUGUAUGCCAUAUAGAUUACGUGAGCCCGAGCUGCAAAGGGCCUAUUGGAACUAAACGGGCUUUCAAGAAUUUGGUUUUAUUACAUCACGCAAAGAAAGUUUUACCUAACAAUGGUAUUUUUUCCAAAAAUAUUACAAGACGAACAUGACUUUUUUAUCGGAAAUGAAGAACUUCUAUGCUUUUACAUACUUUUCGUAAGGAAAAAUUUCAGUCAAGACAGCUUCCUAUUUUCUGUAAGAUCGAGUUUUUACUCUAAAAGCACUUUGAAUUUGGCUUGCCUACAGUUGAAUAAUGUCUUUUAUUAAAAACUGAAUCAUUGGAUGAUGUAAUUCCAGAGCUCUUACUGGCUUAGCCAUCAUGGUAUAUGAGCCAUUAUACCAUGCUCUCCAAAUAUGGUAACUGUACGCGUCUGCUCCAAAUUAAAAACAAGCUGAAAAUCGGUUGUUUUUACAAAUAAAGUUGGAAGAAUUAUCGAUAUUUUGUGGGCGUUUUUAAUAAAACAAUUUUUACGCGCCUCGUUGGCUAUCUACCAUCUCAUAUCCAACAAGCGCGAGUGGAAUAAUUGUUAAGAAUUAAACAAUUUUCUUACAGAGGAUCACAACACUACGUCCCCACCAGUCCGUUAUUGUCCAACAGAAACUGGGGAUGGUAACUGCUCGUCGUCUUUCUUCAGUUGCCUCCAUGAUGGAGAGUGUCCUUCUGGAUUUAAGUGCUGUGUCGACAGAUGUAGGGGAUUUGCUUGUCUGCUGCCGGAGGGAGUGUCUACUGGUGAGUUAAAUUGAAUGAGGCAAUUCAAAUGACAUAAUGGCAUAUUAUACCCUGAACAUGCAUCACAAAAAGUAGGAUCUGUUCGAUAGAUACAGCCAACCUUUUCCUCAGACGGACAUCGCUGGCACCAGCUCCAAGUAUUUGUCUUCAUCGAGUUUUCCACGUUAUCAGGUCACGGUUUUCUUUCUCACCCACACUUACGUGGAUUUUUUAUAAAGUCUCUUCACAGUUAUCCUCUACAAAUCUUUGUGCCGGAAAGUCUAAGGACUAACUAAGUCCACAUAUUCACUUUUAAUUCCACAUAAGUUUUGUAAAUUUAAUUUAAGACCAUAGUAAAGGCUUUCCUCGGGUAUCAAUAAAUUUGUCCCAAAUAACGAGAGGUCCGUAAAGUGGCGUUCUGUAAUACUGCUAAACACGCUUUUGCACAUUGAAUGUUUUUGCCGUUUUAAAGGCAAUACAAAAUAUAUAGAUAUUGUACUCAGAGCUUUCAUUACCCUAGGUGUUGGCCAAAAGUAUCACAACCUCUGGGAAUGAAACUGAAACAAUAUCUACAUCUUAGUGCCUCCGGAGAUUUGAAUUUUCAAAAGAUUCAUUUUCCUCUUCUGUGAUCUAGAUACAAUACCUUCAGCCCUAAAGAAUGUGACAAAUGUGAAUGCAGACAUCAUCUUCCUAACUGAUUCCUCUCAAACUGUAUCACCACAAGCUUACCGCUUAGAGAAAUCAUUUGUCAAGGUUCUUGCUCAGUACUUAAACGUAUCACCUGGAAAGUCACGAGGUGCCUUUGUCACCUACGGUUCAACAGCUUUGCCAGUAUAUCCACUAGGAACUACAGGAUUUUAUAACUACAUUGAUGGUGCGCGGUAUGUGGAUGGUGUGCGAAGAUUGGACGUAGUUUUGCAAGAUGCGUUGCAGAUUUUGCGUUUUUCUCGAGAGGAGGUGCCAAGCUUGAUAGUGCUAAUAUCCACUGGGAACCAAGCGUUAGGAGCCCCGCCUGCAGAGAUCGCUGCAAGGCAGGUUGGAAGUCUCGGCGGGAAGCUCUUUGUCAUCAUGGUUGGAUCUGAACCCAGAGAAGACGAAUUCUUGAAAUUAGUAGAGAAUCGUGCGCACUUAUUCAGAGUUCCGUCUAUUUUUGGAAUGGCAUCCAGCGUAAAUUCACUGGCACUUCAAAUUGAAGAAAUACUUAGGAAAGGUUAGAAAAUCGUUCUUUUGUCUUGUAUAUCCCUAAGCCUGAUUAAGGAGAGGAUCGGGCGUCAUAGCGUAUCUUGAUCCAUAAAACUCGUUAGUCUGAAUUAGCCAGUCAAUUUUCCUUUUAUAAAGACAGGGAAUUAAAUUAGUAGAGUAUAAUUAGAGGUCCAGCGUAUGAAUAAACAAAAGCAUGGAGGAAAUUCACGUACAACUCCUGAAAGUACCACAAUAGAACACGUCAUGAGCGAGGAGAGCAUAAGUGAUGCCUUGUCCAAUUCUAUCUGGAACGCUCGUAUACUUUCAAAGAAGUUUCAUUUUGAGAACUUAUCAGUGUUUCUUGGGUAAACAAUAACAUUUACAAGGCCGACCACCAAUGGUCCGUGAGCAAGCAGCGAAAAAGAGAAGCCGCGCAUCCGGGGUCUACGUCCCCUUCAAAUUAAGGACAUAGUAUAAGAGAAGAAUGUUACACUGCAGCACACACGUUUCUUAUACUAGUCUUUAAAGACCUAGAGUAGACUUGCUACAAGUCGACCUCUUGGCGAGCGAAGCGAGCCUUUUCUGGCCGUGAAGCGGCCAGAAAAGCGUCCCGCGUCAUAUGAAAUCCGACGAAGGAUUUUUUUGAAAGCCUAGAGAGAGGGGCGUUCCGGGUUCGAAGCUACGAUAUCCCGACAGACAAGUGCUCUGCUAACUGAGAUUAAAAAAAUUAAAAUAAAAAACGGAAAAGAAGACAGAACCUGGCUACAGUAUUUUCUCGUAUAUCUCUCGCGGCGUUUAACUCUAAACCAAUGUUGCGAAGAAAGAUAGUCAAAUAGCAUUUGCCAUACAUGGUAGUUGCUUUUGUUAUUGCUAAUGUUUUUACUUCUCGUUUCACAUGACUGUUGUUGUCAACUUUAUUCCGAUAUAAUUUGCAUACCAGAAAUUUAUGUUGCUUCCCGUUAACUUUAGGUUCUCAACCACAGUGUGCUGAGGCUUUCGAUUUAGGAAUUGUUGUGGAUUCUUCAGGCUCCAUACAAGACGUGAACUAUAAGAAACAGAAAGACUUCAUCAAAGGACUUACCAAAGCACUCACUGUUUCUCCUCAAAAUGUUCAACUGGGUCUGAUCCUGUUUAGCGAUGUACCUCUACUGUCAAUCACAUUUGGAACGCUCAGAAGCACCAAUAACUCGGAAUUCGCAAAAGCUGUGGAUAACUUGAUUUAUCUUAAAGGGCGAACACGUACAGAUAAAGCUCUUGAAGUAGCGGCCGCCCACCUGUUUCCUGGUGGUCGGCAAAAUCGAGUGCCUCAAAUUUUAUUCUUGAUAACUGACGGACGUCACAAAUCAAACGAUCUUGGAGCUCUUGGAUUGGAGCAGGCCGUACAGCCGUUGAAGGAUAAGAAAAUAAAGGUUACUUUUUGUCUAUAUCAUUCUGAGUUUAGCAAAUUAUAUGAUUAGUGUCUUUCUCUAUUUUUUUUUUUUUUUUUUUUUUUUGUUUUUCAAUACACCAUUAUCGUUUAAAGACUGUUUUAAAUUUAACUCUGCUAGUUUUUUGGUUUUUUUCCCUCGUGACAAAAAUGAAGAAACUAAUGGGAAAGAUUUUAACAGAAAACAAAUACAAUGCAAGCUUAUUUACACCCUGUCGUAACUAAGCGCGCUAUUCUAAGGCACUUCAGUAAAAUAUAGGCAGGUAUUAAUGUGAUAUUGUAAAAGCCGGCUUCUUUCCCCUGCACCCAAUUAAUCUUAAAUUUCUAGAAAGCUGCGUGGAGGUGCGAUUGUUCUCGGUUAUAGUAUUUUUUUUUUUUUGUCAAUUACCCUGUACUAUUGACGUCAUUUUCCAGAUAUCGCAAACGUCUUCCAUAUUUGGUCAACACUAGCUGAUUAUGAGGAACUAGCCGUGGGAUUUGAACCAAACAGAAACGGAGAAAUAAUUUCAAUGAAUAAUAAUGUGUAAUAAUUUCUACACAGGAUACCAGACUGGCACAAUUUCUUUUGGCCUUCGUAGUAGUGUUUACAGUGAGACACCGAAAUUGUCGUCAUGAUUUGGUGUCCUGUGCCCCAAACAUUUCGCCAUGUCGCCCUCCGUUUGCUUAAAUGAAACUAGAAUUAACGUGCAUAUUGUGUAUUUUGUGCCAUAUUUAAUACCAAGUAGUAGACGGGUAAUUAUGAUUGUUUGCUUACUUUUAGGUUAUAGUCGUUGGCGUUGGUGAUGAUGUCGACGAAGACCAAUUAAAGUCUUUAGUGGAGAAUCCAUUAACUGAUCUUUUCCUUGUCAAGUCAUUCAAUGAUUUAUAUCAGUUACUACUUGACGAAAAGCUGAAAAAUGCUCUUUGUGUACCACGACGUAAGUUUACGUAA